AAUGUUUACGUUGCGGCAGCCUUCCUGUUGGCAUACAUGGCCUGGCUAGUAGUGUCCAUUGCUGCUUAUAUUGAUACAAAGAAACUUCGUGCUGAAUUCAUGUACUGGAUUGUUGAGGAGAAAAUCAGCAUGCGUUCCAAAGCAAACGCCUCUUCGGAAAGAUCGGACCGUUCGUCGAAAGGUUCAAAAAUAUCUUAUCGAAGUCGAGCUUCAAAUCGUAGCAAUCUCAGCAGUCGAAGCCUCAAAUCUGAUGUCUACUUCUCUGAGACCGUUCAAAGCAGAACAUCACCGGUUGAUGCCAGGUCUUCUGUUCCCUUGUGA